AUGUAUGAAUUGCUCUCAUGUACGCAAAAAAGACCGUCUUUUGGAAAUGACCUGUCCUCACAUCAGCACUUCCACGGAUAUCCGUGGUCCGCCACGUCAACCAAGUUAUACGUAUGGGCCGAUCUUUGCGGUUGGAUUUGGGACUAUCUCAAUCCUGGCCUUGACAGCUAUUGGAUUUGUGGUGGUGCGCAAUGCGCUUACUUCAAUAACCUGAAGUCUUGGGAGAACAACUGGGAUGACAGCUCGCUCCUCGCAAAAGCCCGCGCCAGCUACGAGCACCUCAUUCAAGACAGCUUACGUGGAAAGGAAACUAGAGGAGCAGCUAUUGAAUACAUCUGGACGGAAGUAAGACAUUCCGGCACGUAUGAGCCACGCCUCAACACAUGUGCGCAAAAGUGA